CAAAAGUCUUUCAGGAAGAGGGCUUGCCUGGGGUGGCUUCAUGCUGACAGCUCUUGCGGUGUUGUGUGUCUGGCUCCGAGGCUCUGGCUGAGGCUGGCAUACCAGAGCGGCUAUAGAUAACUUCCUAACGCUCUUUUGGGGAACCUUACUAAAACUGUCAUGGCUUUCAGUUACAUUUCUACUUGUUUUCAGGGGAAUUUGUGAGGAUUUAGCAGUGUUAAAGAUCAGGUCACAUCUGUGUAAGCAUACUGACUUUAUGCAAGUAAUUAACACAUAGAGUGUCUUAAAAUUACAUGGGUGGAAGGCUCUGUGAAAGUGCAAAGCAUUUUACUUAUUCAUUUUGACCAGUAUAUACUGGAAAACUACCUGAGACAAAACACAUUAGUCUAUAUAGCAGUUUUUGAGUGAAAACAAUCUGCAAAAAACAGAGAAUCCCCACAAAUGCUUUACAAGGCAACCGUCAGCCUGCGCUGUGCUUCCUUGUUUGCUCCUGCCAAUGCCAAGGUGCUCAGUGCAAAAGUAUUUCUGCCUCACAGGGACUGCUUUUGACCUCUUUGGCCAUAUUUACUGAGGAACUACUCUGCCUGCUGGAGAAGGGGAGGCUUUGUGUGGCUUUGAUUGAGUGUUGCAGUCCAGGAAGAAUGGCAGGGAUCAGGGCUGCGGGUGGGAGCUUCUGUUUACUCACCGAUUCCCUGGCAAUUCACAGCAACAAGGAAGCAAACAUUGGAAAGGUUUGUGGUGCAGCAAGUUUUAGUGUUCAGUUCUUAUCCAAACUAAAGUCAGCUACCAGCCUAGGCAGUGUUGACUUUUAUAAACAAAUUCUUACCUAUGAAACCUCAACCAUUAAGACUACACCCCCAUGCCUUUCUGAGAUUACAGGAUACUAAACUGGUGGAGAAGAUCAACUAUGAUGGACAGUUGUUGGGAUUUUUAUUUUUAGUGGGAUAAAAUCUGAUACUGUCAAGUUAGUCACUCAGAGAUCUCCUUAUCAGCGUCAAAGUUGGAAUAUCUUCUUGCUGUUGGUGUCAGGGAGUUUUUCUCACAAAAUCCAGUUCUUCAUGGUUCCUUACCUGCUGUGCAGUGGGUGCAGUGCCUAAAGCGAAGUAUGUGUUUGGAGAGACUCUUGGCAAGUGUCACCUGUUUCCAAAUCGCACCAUUCUUAGUCUUCAGAUUAUAUUUCUCUUAUUUGUAUUUUGGAUGAAGCAUGACCAGGACAAGGAGUUUCCAUGCUCCUGGUGCAAAAUGUGGUGUUGGUGGGACAGGCCACCAACAGCCUUUUUAUUGCUCCAGUACUCAGUAGUAACUGAGAGUAACCUUCAUGCUGCUCAGCAUUUGAACUUUGUACCCUAUGAAUAACUAAGUGAUUUUUAUGGGUACGUGUUGUUUCCUAGGUUUAAAAAAAAAAAAAAGUCAAACAAAAAAACCCCAACCGACUUGCAUAUAGCAUUAUACUCAGAAAAAUCAUUGGCAGGUUGGAAGUUUUAGCUCCACUCGAGUUUGACCUGAGGUGGGGAGGCCCAGGAAUGUGGUGUUCCCUUUUAAGCUUUGGAAGGAAUUGCAACAUAGGGUCGUGGGCUCUACUCUUUUCUUUAAAUGUGAUUUCUUAGCCCAUACUUUCUGAUCUGUCCCUGUCCAGUCAGUCCUCUGCCUUCACUAUACCAGCUUGCUUUUUUUUUUUUUUUUCACUCCUAUUGAAGAUUUGUUCUGUAGGGUUCUUAUUUUAGCGUACAAGCACCUGCCCAGACAGCCCAGACUUCUGUUGUUUUACAUUUGUAGAUUUCCAAAAAGUUUCCAGUGGAAGUGCAGAUUACUUUAAAGGGAGUUUAAACCUGCAAACAACAUAAUGUUUCCUAGCUACACAUAAUGUAUCUGUCAAAGCAGGUAUCGAACGUGGUAGGGUGUGUAUACAUCUUAUGCAAUCCACUUACAUUAAAGUAGGAAGAAGACAUUAAAUAAUUUUCCUGCUUGCGAAUGAAGAUCUUGGAGACUCUGCAUUUCUCAAAGAAUGUGAAUAAACUACCAUAGAAGACAAGAUGGGGGAGCUCACUAGCUUCAGCUGCUGAAAUAUAGCCCCCACCCCAAUUUUUUAAGGUAAGUAGCAAAUGCCUGCCCCCUGCCUCAGAAAGACCUAAAGUGUCCAAGUGCCUAAACAGGCGAAGCAGAAUGUUUGUGUUGUGCAGCUGUCUCUGCCAUACCGCUCUCAGGGAGAACAGAUGCAAGCUGUAGCAGUGUUAGUCUAUCUUUCUGAAAUAAACAUUCUUGUGAGCUACUUAAACAUCAGGCGGUUUUCUAGCAAUGUUUUCCUUUGUGGUUUUUUUUCACUUGCCAUUUGUUUUCUCUUGUUUCCUCCUGUUAUCCCCAUUCCCUGCUUUUUGCAGUCAUCUUUGCACAUUAGGCACUUUCUCUGAAUUUAGAGGCUGAAGAUUUAACUGAAAGACAGGGUCAGGACACUUUGGCAAAUGCUUCUAGUGGUAAACAGGUUUUGGUUUGUGUUGUAACAGAGCCUUACAUCUGUUCCUGUUUGUCUGAGAGUUUAGGAUUUAAUACUGAGAGAGCAGGCAGCACAUCUGAGCCAUUUCAGCUGGCAGAAGUAUUGUGAUUUUGUAGUUUUUUUGUAUUGCAUGUAACCUAACAGUAUUUUCAUGUGUGUAUAUUUAUGUAUACUUUUCUCUGUACAUAAAUAGAUAUAUAUAUGUUUUACAGUUUCUGAAGUUGGAAGAUACUCUACAUUCAGCCUGGGCUAAAAAAAAUAAUCUCUUGCAUGGAAAAAAAAGAAGGCAAAGCACAGGAUUUACUAUGUCAGUAUGACAUGACACAUUUGUUCAUGGUGGGUUUUAUUGCACAUCUCUAACAUGGAUUGCAGAAAGCAGGGCAUGGAAGCAGAUGCUUUUAAGGAGGAAGACCAUAUGUCACAGCAGACAGCCAGUGAUCUGGCAAACACAGUGCCAUCUUCCAAAAUAAUGAUAGAGAAGGUCAUGCCUCCUUUAUCCCUGCGUUGGGUUGACAAUACAAAUGAGUCCUCUAGCAAGCAGUGUCCACUUUUAUACAGUUCAGAAGCUAGUGGUAUGAUAGGCAACAGUAAUGUCUCCACAGAUAACUUGGGCCACAACCAAGCUUUUCAGCAUGCAAGGCAAUUGCGUUCUCCAGCCAGCUCUGAUAUUUUUCCUCAGAAGUUGACUCCCAGUGUAACCCAGGAUGGAAUUCAUGAUGCAAGUGACACCUUGGAAAUGUUCACUCCUCUUCUGCUCCCUGCCUCAGAACCUGGGACGAACCACUGUGCUCCUACCUACAAAAACAUGGAACAGACUCCAGGGCAGCAGGACCAGGUGAUGAGGCAGCAGAUGGAGCAGCUGCAAAGGCUGGUGGCUGAACAGCAGAAAAUCAUUGCACUUUACAACCCAGGCUUUUCUGUUUCUCCUGGGAUACCUUCCCACCUAGUAGCCACAAUGCCACCCCUUCCAUGCUUUCCGGUUGCUUUCACUCCUGUCCAGUUCCCAUCAGAAAAUUCUUCCCAAGUUGAGAGCCCAGAGUGGUUACAGACCUCUCCCUCAGCAAUGCACUCUGCUUGGCAAAGCAGACCCACGCUGUUUGUUCCAAAUGAAAGCAGUUCAGAAAUCUCAGGAGAGCACAUGCAGCUUUCAGAUUCAGGGAUAAGCACUGAGCCAUUGCUUCCGUGUACUGAGCGCCCCACAAAAAAACUUUCCAGACAAGAUGCUCAAGAAGAGAACAGAAAAGAAAACAAAGAUAACAGUCAAUUAAAAGAAAGGAGUUCCCCUGAAACUUUUUCUGCUGUCAAAGAAGAACAAAGAGAACAAGUAAAGGAGGAGAUUUCCCCAUCUCCCUUUGGCAUAGAGGGGAAGAUGAAGACUAGAAUCACAGAAGACAGACCAAUCACACCAGCAGCUGGUAUCAGACAGAAGACUUCUGAAGAAUCUGUUGAAGAAAAACUCAAAGCAGACAAUCAUCUUAUAGAAAAAGAGCAGAAGGAGCCGCAGAGCAAGGCAAAAGUAACACCUCGGAAGGCUUUUCUGAAACGAAAAGAAGGUAUGGCAAGGCUUAAAAAGAAUAAACAGAAGCUUUUAAAAGAAGACAGCAAGCAUUACAGAAGAGCUGGUUUGGAUUGCUGUGGUCGUUUCUCCCAGUCUGGCCAAAUGGAUGCAGGUAUACUGCAGCCAGGGGAAUGCUCUCAGUUAAAUCUGCAGGUCAGUAGCUCCGUGCAGAUAAGUACACAUGAAAAAAAAGCAGACUGUGCUUUAGCUGAGUGGGAGAUCAAAGCUCAGGCUGACUAUGAAGCAAAAGUAGUUGAGCAAAGUGCAGAAGAAAAAGAAGUGAUUGGGAGAGAUGAAGACACAAAAGAAAAUGAUGUUGACUCACCGCAGAGAAGGUGGCCUGAAAUCCUCCAGCCAUGCCCUGAAACUGUAAUAGAAAUGAACCUACAAGUAGGUGAGGAAAGAGAAGCUCAUCAUAUGGAUUCUCUAGGACAAGCAGACAGAACUGAUGGAAGACCUGUGAAGGGCACCCCGCAAAAGGACCUCGGCAGUGUGGAUCAGCCUCGGAAGGGUCAUCUUAAAGAGGGAGAAAAAAAACCCUUGGAAGUCCUGCAAAAGCAUUAUCCACUUCAGGAUUUAGAAGGACACUGCAUCAAGGAGGGGGAGUGGAAGGCAGGCCCUGCGUUCACACAGCAUCAGAGGUGGGUUCAGGUAUGGCCACAGGAACUUGUUUCAGGGGACCAGAGCUCUGAAAGCAAAAGACAAAUCCAUACUGGGUUUAAGAUGGUCAAUGGUAAGAUAGUAAAACUUACAAGUAGCUCACCUGAGGCUGUGGGAGUGGGAAGCUCAUCCUCAGCCUUGCAUCAAGAGUGGCAAAGGAAGGGGACAGCUGCCUUGACCUGGCACGUUGCAUCUUUGCCCUGUGAGUCAAGCUGCUUGUCCUCCAACACUGAAGAUGACCCCAGACCUCACCAUGUUCAGUACUGCUCCCAGCGUGAACUUCAGGGAGUCGAUCACACUGACAGACAUUUGGAUCUCUCUGAUGGUGAUUAUGCUAGUGAUGAGCCCAGUGGAACUGAAAAAAUAUCUGUUAGAAGAUACAGCAGAUCACCCCCAAGGAAACAAGAUAUUCAAGCCAUCUCAAGACAGCAAGGUCUCUCCUGCAGCACAAGCAGCAGCGAUUCCAGUACUGGGGCUGUCAGGCUGAAAGGGAGCAAGGCUUGCUCUUCUCUUCAGCAGCCCCCCUUUCAUCUCACAAGAUUGAAAAGGAGAGAGCAUGAGCCUGAAUCAAAGAACAAGAGUAGGGCCAGGUAUGCUCAGAGCCCACAUCUGCCAUCCUCAACAGCGGCUGGUGAGAUUCGUGCUUUCGAGAUUAAAGGAAUCCCUACAGUGGAGGAACCACAGAAAAAACUGUUUACAGACACAUUAGAAGAAACUCAGAGCAUCCUUACCAGCGGAUUAGAGAAUGGCAUAUAUAGCAGAGGAACCCCUGCCCUGAACAGGGUGAGAGAACAAGAGAAAGGAAUGCAUUUUCACAGAGCGCGAAUGGACCAGCUUAAGACUGUCAGGAGCCAGGAGCUGACUCACUCUUUGGAAUACAAUAGCAAUGCAAUGCACCCACUGCAGAAAGAAAAAAAUGCCCACAGCAAGUUCAAAGGGACAGCUACAGUCACUGGUGAAAAUGUGAAAUUGGAAGAAAUACAAAUAUUAAAACAGCAGAUUGCUGGACUGCAGGAGGAGUUCAAGAGAAAUGAGUCCUGCUGGCACGCUGCCUACAGCAAGCUGAGAGACCAGGUUGAGAUGCUGACCAGACAGAACAUGGAGCUUCGAGAUGAGCUCAGUGUUUCAGGACAUCAGAAACAAAAAGCAGAAAAAAACCCCAAAGCUGUGAAUUUCAUGGACAGAAAAUCAGAGAUCCUGGUUGCAGAAGCUAUUCUGCGAGAGACAACAUCAUCAUCCAGACAGGAAGAAAGAUCAUGGAGAGAUAAUCCCAGGAGCCACAGUGUCUGUCAUGUGGGGCCGAAGACAUCUUUGCAAAAACACUUCUUUAGAGAUAUGAAUAACAAAGCAACAAAAAGCUCUGUGCAAAGGGCUGAUCCUUUGCAAUCAGUGACAAAGGAACAUCAAGAAAAGAAACCAUCUAACUGCUCCCUUGGCAGAAGCUCAACACCAACUGGCAGGAGGACACCUCACCAGGGAAGACUGACACCUCUUGAACCAGAGAAAGUUGGACACCAACCCUCUCCUACUGGGAGAAGAACAGAUGACAGGAAAUCACCUGGAGCUGUCUUGUAUCUGAGUACUGGUUUUAAGGAGCCUAACUCAUCUUCCUAUGUAAAAGGUUCGUCUAUGCCCGUUUCAGGUAGCUCAGAAGGCAUGCCGCUGUCACAUAACCACAGCAAGGACACUUGCAGCUUUGCACUCUGCAGUAAGAAUGAAGAAACAGAGCCUCCAAAAUCGAUAAUGUCUAGAAGGUCAAUGUUUCAUCAAGAAAGAAGAAACAGUGAAGAAGAGGUGCAGGAAAAAAUAGAGUAUCGUGACGGAAAGGUAGAAGAGGUGCUUACUGAUGGACGUCGAAUCAUCACUUUCUGCAAUGGUACUAAAAAAGAGAUCAGUGCUGAUAAAAGGAUGACAACAAUUAGCUUUUUUAAUGGAGAUGUAAAGAGGAUCAUGCCAGAUCAGAGAGUGAUUUAUUAUUAUGCAGAUGCACAGACAACCCACACCACAUAUCCAGAUGGCCUGGAGGUGCUGCAGUUUCCUAAUAAUCAGAUAGAAAAACAUUACCCUGAUGGCACACAAGAAAUUGUAUUUCCAGAUCACACAGUGAAACACCUCUAUAGUGAUGGAUUCAAGGAAACUUUUUUCCCAGAUGGUACAGUAGUAAAAGUAGAAAAGAAUGGAGAUAAAAUAGUGGUGUUCAGUAAUGGCCAAAAGGAGAUUCGUACUGUGCAGUUCAAGAGGCGGGAGUACCCUGACGGCACUGUAAAAACGGUGUACUGCAAUGGCAGGCAGGAAACCAAGUACGCCACUGGAAGAGUUCGAAUCAAAGAUGAAGAGGGUAAUAUCAUCCUAGAUAAGAAGUGAUUCCUGCCCUCAAAGGGCUCCAAUGUACUUUCCAAUGGAUCAGACUAUCAGCAAAUCACCAUUCAAGUUACAGACCAUCUUUGGAAGAAAUAGAUUGAAUAGAGCAAGAAGUGUUACUAAUACUGAUCGUACACAUGCUUCAGUUUAUUAAUUUGAUUAUGAUGCCAUGAACAUCCAUGCAGUUUGAUGUUGGCUGGUGUGAUAAUAAAAUUGCAUUGAUUUUCCUUUACUCCUGUAUAACAAAGGAACAGUUUAUAAGCCUGUGCUUUUCACUACUGAAAUAUUUAGUGUAUGUCUUGUAAAAGAAAACUCUAAUUAAAAGAAAUGCAAGAUAGUGUUCUUUUCAAUGUUUCACCAAGAUUUUCAGUUGAGUGCUGCCUUACACUGACCAAAACCCACUAUGUUGAUUUUUUUUUCUCAAUUAAACAUCAUGAAAAAGGUGAAUGUGAUGAAUGUUUUUAGUUUGGCUGGAAAACUAGAUGUGAUACUAUUGUUUUCUAAAGGACUGCUGUUUUUAUUCGCAGGAAUUCCUUUUAACAAAAGGUUCCUGUUCUCCAGUUAAUACGCUGACAUUCCUUUUGUUUCUAUAGUAAUACACGAAACAGGCUUUGUUUGCAAGCCUUAAAAUGCUGUUUGCCAAUCAAUAAUCUGUGCAUAUAAUCCCUUCUAAUUGUAAAUUAAAUAAAAAAUAAUUUUAUUUGUGUGCUGCUUGCUUCUUGCUUCAUUAAGCAUUCUUGACUGUACUUGCAGGAAGCAUUUUGAUCCUGAAAUAAUUUGUCCUACAGUCCUGCACAGGUGUAACAGAUAGGGGAUAUGUGCAAGUCAGUCUCUGAAAUUAUGCAUGCAGCGAUGCACGUGUGCAAACACCUUGCUGAUGUAUGCAUUGACCCUGCUGAUGCAUGCAUUCACCUUGUUAGCACCUGCUUACGGGGAGGUUAUAAUGGUACCUAAGUAUGGGCCUUGUUCUACUUUCUGGCAAAUCAACGGCAAACCUUCCAUUGGUGUAAUCAAACGGUGGGACUACUGAGGAUUUCACAGUAUUUUUGCCAACCCCUGUCUGGCUACUGUUUUUACCAAGACAUGUUUUUCAAGUAACAUUUUAUAAUACAAUAGCAAAGGGUUUAUGAAAGUAAAGGCACAAAUUUGGUUUGAAAAGGAGACAUAAAAACACCUACAUAAAUGAGAAGCUCUGUCAGGUGCUAUAACUUGGAAUCCUUCACAGACCAGUUAUGACACAUGCCACAUUAUUUUUCACAGGCUGAUUCUCACAUCCUAUCUCCUCCACCUUCCACUUGCAUUAAUUAGGUAACCAGAAGCAGUGAUGGCUCUACCAGCUAUAGUUCAUAGUUGUAGGAACACAAAUAAUCCAAAUUAAGUGUGACUGCAUAUGGACUUAAACUGUAGUAAUACACAUACCUACUUUACUAUCUUUUUUGUCCUAGAGGGUUUAUAGCAAACAAAUUCUUAUGAAUCCUUCGGGGAUGUGGCACACAGCUGGUAAGCCCCACUGCUCAUCUUUCUACAGGUUUUCUGGCAUUAGUGAAAGCAUGCUACAGCCAGCAUUUAGCCUAAAUUUUGAUUCAAAAUUAAAAUAGUGACUUCUGAACAGUUACUUCCAUUCAGACGGCUGGGGGCAGCAAAGAUGUACAGGGGAAGGGCGGUAUUUUGAUCACCAUCUCAAAUGCUUCAGUUCAGUGUUAGUAUUUUUCCGUGCACAGAUGAUCACCAGUUUUAAUGCAAGCAAAACAAAGCUGCCAAGCCACUGUACCCAUCAGGUGGCUAAUGCAGUCUGUGAGACAGAGGUUUGAUCCAGUCUUCUGAACGUGGUAUUUGCAGUUUAUAUGCUGCCCUCUGAUAAUGAAUUUCUCUGUUAUCUUGGGAAGCCUAAUUAUUUCUUUAUUCAGAGCUUAUCUGAAACAAAAUACUGGAGCAGUAUAUAGAUUUUUUAAAAACUACUUUCCAUAUGAACUACUACAGAAACCUUCCAGUCAUAAAAUGAAAGUUAUUUCAUACUGUUGUUUCAUACAAUGCAAAAUUAAUUUCUGGAAAUGAAUGUUGGGAAGCUCACCGGAUUCUUCAAUGAUAAUUUUGUGUCAUUCAUAUUAUAAUGCACCUUUGUAAACUGAGUGCGUGUUGAAUGCUCCAUGGU